AUGGCCUCUAACUCGAGUAACUCGACGGGUGGGGGGAGCGGGGGAAGCGGCGACGACGACAAGGACGGCAACAUCGAACUUUUGGUGGCAAUAACCGCCCUUGUUAUCUCCGUCCUCGCCUUCUUUACCGCCAUGUUCCAAGCUCUCCUGCGUGAUUUAGCUCGUGGUAUCACGGAGCUUUCUCGUUCGGAUACAUUGCUUCAGGAUAGGGAGGGCUCUUGCACGUCCAAUAUCCUCGAGGGUGCGAACCAUGUUUCGUACGAGUUCAGGCAGGCCGAGAAGGACAACCCACCCGUCACAGCCAUGUAA